UUUCUUGAUGCAGGAAUUUCUUUCAAAAUUCAACUGCAUACUAUUUGAAAUUUGAAAGUCCAAACCUGCCCUUCGACAAUGUGGACGAUACACGAUAGUGCACGGUGCGUUAUGUCUUAUUACAGGAGAGCGCUUAAAUAUAACUUUAGAUUCGACCAAAUAUUUGCGUUUAGUGCUCAUAUCGGAAUUAGUUGUUACAUGUCCGGAAGUUGUAAGCCGAGAAGAGAGGAAAUGUUCCAACUUGUACGCUGGGAAAGGGGCUUGGAAACUUGGGAAUGCCCUCUUUUUUUCUUGGUACUGCUGACGCGUCCGACGGCUCCCCGUUCUUCUUUCUCGCCCUCCUAGCAGAAGAAGACGAAGGAGAAGCGGCACUUGUGUUUCGCUAUGUUCUACCGCUACCUUGUUUGUAUCUUCAGCGCGUUGGUGUUACCAGCCCAAUGCUACUUUUCCGAGGAGAGAUAUCCCGAGGAGUCGAGAAUGCAGCCUCCGACGGUGGUGGUAGCCAUCAUAGCCAGGAACGCUGCUCACUCCCUGCCAUACUACCUUGGAGCCCUGGAGAGGCUUGACUAUCCUAAAGAUCGCAUCUCCGUGUGGGCAGCCACCGAUCACAAUGCGGAUAACACCACAGCUAUGCUAAAAGAGUGGCUCACGGUCAUGCAGAAAUUCUACCAUUACGUGGAGUGGAGACCAAUGGAGCAACCUGUGUCCUACGCUGGAGAAAUGGGCCCCAAACACUGGCCCAACACCAGGUACGAGUAUGUGAUGAAGCUAAAGCAAGCGGCGCUCAACUUUGCCAGAAAACGCUGGGCUGACUACAUCUUGUAUGCUGACAGUGACAACAUCCUCACAAACCCUAAUGUCCUUAACCUACUGAUAGCUGAGAACAAGUCAGUCGUCGCUCCUAUGCUGGACUCUCAGGGUGCGUAUUCCAACUACUGGUGUGGAAUAACACCACAGGGUUAUUAUCGUAGAACCGCCGAGUAUUUCCCCACCCGCCACCGCCACCGCUUGGGCUGCUUCCCUGUCCCGAUGGUACACUCCACCAUGCUGCUGGAUUUAAGGAAGGAGGGCAUGAAGAAACUGGCAUUCUACCCUCCUCAUAAGGAGUAUUCUUGGCCGUACGAUGACAUCAUUGUCUUCGCGUUCUCCUGCCGAGCCACAGCGAUUCAAAUGUACCUAUGCAACAAGGAGCGCUACGGCUAUUUGAAUAUCCCAGCUAAACCACAGCAGACUCUAGAGGAUGAUCGCCUCAACUUUGUACAUGUCCACUUGGAGUCAAUGAUUGAUGGCCCUCCUAUGAAACCAUCUCAAUACGUCCACAUGUUCCCCAAGCAGAGAGAUCUCAUGGGCUUUGAUGAGAUUUAUCUGAUUAAUCUGCGGCGGCGCCCCGACCGCAGAGACAGGAUGUUGUUCUCCCUGAACGAGCUGGAAAUCGACGUCAAGGUGGUCGACGCCGUUGACGGAAAUGCACUCAACAGCAGCGACAUCAAGAUUCUGGGCGUGGACUUACUCCCAGGAUACUAUGACCCGUUCUCUGGACGUACCCUCACUAAAGGGGAGGUGGGCUGCUUCCUCAGCCACUACUACAUCUGGAAGGAAAUGGUGGACAUGCAGCUGGACAAAGCUCUGGUGCUCGAGGACGACGUUCGCUUCCAGGCCAAUUUCAAGCGACGAGUCCUGCGGCUGAUGGAGGAAAUAGACCAGGUGGAGCUGGAUUGGGACCUCAUAUACUUGGGCAGGAAGCAGGUCAACCCCAAUAAAGAGGAAGCGGUGGAGGACGUCCAGAACUUGGUCAUAGCAGACUACUCCUAUUGGACCCUCUCCUACGCCAUCUCCCAGCAGGGUGCCCAGAAGCUGCUCAAUGCCGAGCCGCUUUCCAAGAUGCUACCCGUCGACGAAUUCCUCCCCAUCAUGUACGACAAACAUCCCAAUGAGGACUACAAGUCCCACUUCCCCAACAGGAAUUUACAAACAUUCAGUACACGCCCACUUCUGGUGCAGCCUUGCCACUACGCCGGCGAUCCCCAGUGGGUGAGCGAUACCGAGACGUCCACGCUGUGGGAUGACGACGCGGUGCGCACCGAUUGGAGGGGCUCCCACAAGACUCUCAAGGGGGGCGUACCGCCGCCCGAAAUGCUCUCUGCUUCCUACAGGGAUGAACUCUAAAGCGGUGAGAGACAAUAGAGAGGUGAAUACUAUGAUCUCACAAUCCACUCCAUUUCAUGUCAACCACAGUGCUGUUUAAAGGUGGACUUUUCUGCAAAGCACAUUAGUGAUGACAUGGGAGAGGAGAACGGUAGCAAGGAUGCUGCGUUUUUAUUUUUGUUGAUCAGGGACUUGUGUCAUUAUGACACGCAAUAAGAAAAAAACAACAACACUUUUUUGACCAGGAAAAGACAUUUUUAAACAUUCUGAAAGUGUGUUUGUGGGUAAACUAUUGAUUUCUUUGUUCAUGACCAAAUGUACCUCAUUUUUGCCUAGUAUACACAGUGCUGACCAAAAGUAUUGGCACCCCUGUAAUUCUGUCAGAUAAUGCUCAAUUUCUCCCAGAAAACGAUUGCAAUUACAAAUGCUUCAUUUACCGUAUUGGCCCAAAUAUAAAACGGCCCUGAUUAUAAGACGACCCCCUCUUUUUCAAUAGUCAAGUUUGAAAAAAGACUUUUUGAACACCAAAUUAAUUUCUAUACAGAAAAUAAAUAACAGUACAUCCGAAACAAAUGAUUAUAACAAUAUAUUUGCAAGAAAAAGCAUGUUAUUUUGCCUCAUUCAAUCUUAAUAUCUGAACAUUUAAAUAUGUAAACUAAAGUGAAAUCACAUUCGUAAAUGAAUGGCUUCUGGUUUUUGAAAUGUAAAUAAACCAAUCUAUUGUGAUAAAAGAAUAAAAUUGCAAUAACUGCAUUAACCAUAAGGGGUUUGCUUUGGCCUGUGGAGUCAAAUUCAGCAUUCGCUUCAAUGAUAUCCGGCGCCAUCUCGCGUCUUGAAUGGGGAGAGUAGCUGAGAUAUAUCAUGACAGACCAUCGCUUCAAUGAUAUCUGGCGCUGUCUAACGUCGUGAAUGGGCAUCAUUUCUGGCGCCAUCUAGCGUCGUGAAUGGGUAUAAUGUCUAGACUGCGAAUAUAAGACGACUCCCUCUUUUUCAGUGUUAUUUCAAUGCAAAAAACCACCGUCUUAGAUUCGGGCCAAUGCGGUAUUUUUCUUGCAAUGAAAAAAAACACAAAAGAGAAUGGGGGGGAUGAAAUCAUUAUCAUUUUAUACAAAAUGGACAAAAGUAUUGGCACCCUUUGAAAAAGUAAUGUGAUGCCGACCCCGGAAUAAGCGGAAGAUAAUGGAUGGAUGGAUGGAUGGAUGGAUGGGCUUCUCUAAUUUCUGUAAUUAACAGCACCUGUUACUUAACUGUGGUGGCAGUAACUAAAUCACACUUGCAGCCAGUAAAAAUGGAUUAAUCCUCAUCCUACCUUUCUGGACAUUUUCACUACAUACAACUAAACUCCCAUAAAUCUACUCCCUCAGGGCUCUGUCUUAGGGCCCCUACUCUUCAUCGUCCACCUCCUUCCCAUUGGCAAUAUUUUCCGUAAAUUCACUCACUUUCACUGUCAUGCCGAUGACACCCAGCUCUAGCUGACUUCCGAACCCUCCUACUCUCUUCCGCCCACCUUCCUGACUGACUGUAUCACCGAAAUAAAAAAACGGGCUCAGCCAAAAUUUCCUCAAACUCAAAAGCAGUAAAACUGAGGUGCUGCUUAUCGGCUCCAAAUCCAGCAUUCAGCCGCUCUGCUCCCCGGCUUUUGAAUUCCCCGCCACCCGCUCUCAGGAACACUGACUCACUCCCUGUUUUUCAAUGGAAACUCAAAACUCAUCUGUUCAGACUCUCAUACCCAUAAUAACCCCUGAUUUCUUAUGUUUUACUGUCCGGCUAAUUAUCUUCAUCUAUUAGUAUUUUUUUCUAGUCUUAAAUUUGUCUAAUACUUCUAAAUGAUUGUACGGCGACCUUGAGUGCCAGUAAUAAUAAUUUCAUUUUUUUGGGUCAUUCUCUUUUGUGUUCUUUCAUUGCAAGCAAAAUCAAUUAAGAUAUUACUACCAAAGCAUUUGUAAUUGCAAUCAUUUUCUGAGAGAAAUUAAGCAUUAUCUGACAGAAUUGCAGGGGUGCCAAUACUUUUGGCCAGCACUGUAUAUACACUCAGUAAACACUUAAUUAGGCACACCUUUACAAUCUGAAAUGAUGAUGCAAUUUGGAAAAAAGCACAUUUUCAAAUGAAUAAGGACAUAUUCUAAAAGACAUUUGUAGACAAGCUGUGUCCGUUAAAAAAAAGUGAAAAAUUCACUCGGGGUGUAUGAUACAGCAUGCAGUAUUUUGGCUUUAAGGCCAUGUUUAGUUUACAUUCGGUACAGUAAAGGACCAAAAUACAAACAUGCUUUUGUGCAUAUUAAUUGAAUGAAAUUGAAAGUCAAACAUCAUCAUUGUCAGCUGAAAUCUUUGGCUUUUUGGAGAGCGCACCAUUAAUGGAUUGUUUUCUUAUUAUAAUAUCAAAUGUGCAGGAGAGUGCAACGGGAACAGUUUCAACUGAGUGAAUGAUUAUGCUAUUAAAACACAAUUAAUGGCAUUUACUGGUUUAGCUCCCUGUGAAGAAUGUGCUACUUUUUCAUUUGAUGUCUGUGUUCCAGCUGCUCUGUUUGUUUACAAAUUUAGCAUGAGGCUCUGAUGCAGAUGAAUAACCAAACUCAGAAUGUAAUCUAGAAUAUGUUCAUCUGGACGGAUUUGCAAUUCAGGUGUGACUAGUUCAGAUUUUCUCAAAAACUGUUUUAAAGCUACUGCUGCACACAUGGCAAUGAAAUGCUUGCAUCUGUUCAUCUCUUCAUGUGUUCAUGCCAUAAUUCAUUGCUCAAGUAUCACACUUCUUCCGCUUGGAAGAAUGAAUGAAUGAAGUAGUUCAUUUGAAGACCAAAAUAUUGAAAGAAUCGCAAAGGAAAAAAGACAAGUACCGUAAUUUUCGGACCAUAAGCCGCCACCACCCACCAAAUUUGACACGAAAACAGCAUUUCUUCAUAGAUAACCACACAGGACUAUAAACCGCAGCUGUUCUCACUGUAUUAUGGGAUAAUUACACCAAAAGAUAUUGACUGGUAAUAAUUUUUUGGACGGCAGCUUCAUAAUUAUGACAUGAAACUGUCAUGAGCAUUAAUGAAUGCUUAUGUAAGAUGACAUACGGCAAAUUAUGUGAUUUUUGGAUGGAUGUAAAAGAUCCGAGCAGGACAUAAAUGGAGUUAUUGACGAAACUUGCUGGAUGACGCUUAAUGACAUCUGUUAUAAGCAUUCAUAAAUGCCCAUGACAGUGUCAUGUCAUAAUUAUGAUGCUGCUGUCAAAUAAAGUGUUACCUAUUAACCCAAAUAAAUCAACAAAUUAGACGCAGGAUUCAAAAUGAGGGUGAAAAAAAGGAGCGGCUUAUAGCCUGAAAACUACGGUAGCCUAGUUUGAAAGAGUGCGAGCAAGUACAUUUUAUGUAUCCCAACGCUUAUGUUACAUUUCUUGAAAAGGUUUAUAAAUUCUUCCAAUUAUUGUUUUCUUCGCAUCGUGCAUUUUUCCCCAAACAUGCCCUGAAUAAAGAAACAUUUGUUUCAUAAUUGAAUGGAACAAAACUUUUUCUUUGACUGUGGCUUUACAUGGUAGAUGCUGAUGUGGAGCAGCCAUUUUGUCGAAACAGUAGAAAAUGUAUCCAUGUAAAAAAAUAAAAAUAAAAAUAAAAUAAAAAAAGAGGAGGUGUAUGCCAAGUGGGAAUGUGAAUAUGUUGCUGUGUAAAAGGUGCAACGUCUGAGAUUGUAUUUAUACAAAGUAACCGCUAGAGGGCGAUGAUGGAGCAUAUGUACUUCCUAAUACAGUGGCAAAAUGCCAAAUACCUUGUUCUAUCUGCUUUGCAAAAAGUACAUGCACGUUUACAUAUGGUAAAUGAAUUUGAUAUUACAAGUAUAUUGUUAUUUCAGUUUGUUACAAUAUGCAUAUUCUAAAUUUUAGAUCAAAUAAUGAAUAACAAAUUAUGAAUGAUUGUGUAUCGGUGUGCCCAUUGCAUGUUGCGUAAUCAAGGUGGUAUACUCAUCAUUUAUGCUCAGUAAUUAUCAACUGUAGGCUGUGUGAAUUAUGCCAAACAUGUUGUUUGGGGGGAAUGCAAUGCUUUAUUUGCAGGUUGUAGCCAUGUGUGUAGUUCUGCCCUAAGCGAUACCUCAGCUGCACAUGCAGCCGUCUAUCUGGCUUGCAUGACCUAGUUUGAUCUGGAACAAAGUGACUGACCAGAAUGAAUGAGAUUCCUCCACAAACUAAGAAAAAGUUUGACAGAUUGUUUCACAUACAUUUGACACUAUUGGGAUUCUGUUUAUUGGCCUUUUAGGUGAUGACCAAUUUAAUAAAGGCAUUUUUUUCUCCAUUGUUGUACAAACUUGAGAGUAAAUACGAACAAAGAUUUGAAUACUGUACUGUAUUUGCUUCAGUAACCCAUCACAUGUUUGUGGUUCACGCUAUACUAACACCUAUUUCUUCCAUUCAAUCUAAGAAGAGUGUUUCCAGUUG